AGCCAUCUAGUUGGACCGGUGGAAAGGGACAGUCGCUCUAUGACCUCCAUCGAGUCAUCAAGUCUACUGAUUUCGCAAUGAUCCGGAAAUUGAUCUUGCCGCUCUCGCGAUAUGAUGGCCCCACGACAUUAGAUAGCGAUGCACGAUUAGGAAUAGGGUCCAAAUCCGUUCAAGUGGAGGACGUUGAGCUGGACUAUCUUCGCGACAGAGAUGCCGACCUUCUGACGAAAUACGCACGAGUCUGCUUCACCUCGGACGGCAUUGUUAUGGAGAGGGCGCUGUGGUUGUUCGCUACUUGGGUGAACAAGCUUAAGUUCAUUCUCACGAUGCCUGCCCUCUCUCAGCUGACUAUCGACUUUGCUGGAUUGGACUGGCCUGCGCAUAGCUACGGAAUUCUUGAACAUACUUCCGACAGAUGUCCUGAAACCAAACCAGAACUCAAGGUACUGGAAGUUGUAGUCGCAUGCAUGCGGGAUCGGAAGAAAAAAAACCUUGGCAAUGUUUUGGUCAUCGUGAAGGGUGUAGGAGCGGGAGGCAAGGACUUGCCCGGGCCCCCAUCACUGUGGAAACAGGCUACUGGCGACCAUUGCUGGUCAGACUGCUUAGAAGAGAUCCAGGAGUGCACGGUAGAUUGCAUUUCCGAGUGCAAACCAUGGCAUCACUCAGGGCAAUGGACGCACUCCAAAUGUGAAGCCUACCAAGCAAACACUGGGGAUUCUGAUCUGGAGUACUCACCUGAGGCGAGCUGGAGCUGCUCGGGUCUUAUAAAGGAAACUAUCGACUCAUGGGAUUGCCAUUAUCACAUUUGGAGGAAGAAAGACAGAAAGAAAUUGUGGUGGUUCGAUCUGCCGCGACGCUGCGUAAGUACUCGUAAGCCGUCCAAAGUCAGAAACUGAAACCUAACCUAACCGAAGGACUGCAACCGCGACGGAAAUAGGAAUUUUUGGUGAUAGACGUCAGAGCACCCGACCUGACCCUUGGGGCAUUCCUAGGAGAUGCCGGAGCAUCGACAGCGGCGGUUAGAUUGAGCGAAUGGAAUGAAAAGCUGGUCCAGAACGACACUGAGAGAUGUUGCUAGCUUC